AGCAAUGUACUGUUGGGAGACGACAUGACAGCGCAUCUAACGGACUUGGGCAUUGCAAGAAUAGUCUUGGCCAACUCUAUGGAUUCCAUGACUUCCACCUCACAUUUACUCAAAGGAUCAGUAGGCUACAUUGCCCCAGAGUAUGGAUUGGGUGUAAGGGUGUCCACCAAGGGAGAUGUAUUCAGCUAUGGAGUAUUAUCAUUAGAGAUAUUUACAAGAAUGAGGCCUACGAAUGCCAUUUUCAAGGAUGGAUUAACCUUGCAAAAAUGGGCAGCCGAAAAUCUCCCGCAUAGAGUAAGAGAAAUAGUUGACAGAAGUCUGCGGAGAGGAGACCAAGGAAAGGAGAAUGUGAUAUUCGACUCAGUAAUGAAAAUAAUGAAAGUGGGGUUGCUGUGCACACGAGUCUCUCCUAAAGAACGACCCAACAUGCUUCAAAAUGCUGACAGUUUAGAGAAUAUUAGGGCCAAUAUGUACUGUGACAUACUGAGAUGA